GUGAACCCAUAAACCCCAGCAGUAUCCGCCUUCUUAUCUUAAACCCAUAACCAUUCUUGUGCAGUAAACCAUGAACCACCACAAUUUCCCCACCAUGAACGCCCUUUCAUCUUCUUCUUCUUCACCUUCGAUCAAAUUCUCUCCUUACAAAACCCAUUCUCUCCUUCUACCUCAGCCCCGCUCCACCUUUCAAUCCAUUACUCUGUCUCGGAAAGUAAAACUAAAGAUAAUUUGCUCAGCAUCCGAACACCCACAACAUGCAGAACCAUUGAAGCAUAAGAAGGAAAAAAGCGUCUCAGAUGGCGAGAAAGGGGUCGACCCCGUUGGUUUUCUCACUAAACUCGGCAUUUCCCACAAGCAAUUCGCUCAGUACCUCCGUGAAAGAUAUAAAUCGUUGAAGGACCUCAAGGAUGAAAUUUUCGAUCGUCAUGCAAAUCUCCAGGACCUGUCUUCUGGGUUUAUGUUUUUAGGUAUGCAUCGCCAUGUGGAACAUCGUGUCGAUUUUAUGGAAUGGGCACCAGGUGCUCGCUAUUGUGCAGUAGUUGGUGACUUCAAUGGUUGGUCACCCACAGAGAACGCUGCCAGAGAGGGACAUUUUGGUCAUGAUGAUUAUGGUUACUGGUUUAUUAUCCUUGAAGAUAAGUUGAAGGAAGGAGAGAAACCGGAUGAACUCUAUUUUCAACAGUAUAAUUACGUGGACGAUUAUGAUAAAGGUGACAGUGGGAUCAGCAUUGAUGAAAUAUUCAAAAGAGCGAAUGAUGAAUAUUGGGAACCUGGAGAGGACAGGUUUAUCAAAAACCGUUUUGAAGUUCCAGCUAAGCUCUAUGAGCAAUUAUUUGGUCCCAAUGGUCCUCAAACAUUAGAAGAGCUUGAAGAAAUACCAGAUGCAGAAACAAGAUACAAGGCGUGGAAAGAACAACAUAAAGAUGAUCUAUCCAGUAACUUACCUUCAUAUGACGUGAUUGAUAAUGGAAAGGAGUAUGAUAUUUUUAAUGUGGUGAUUGAUCCUGUAACAAGGGAGAAAUUUAAGGUCAAGAAGCCUCCUAUAGCUUACUGGUUAGAAACACGCAAGGGAAGGAAAGCUUGGUUAAAAAAGUAUAGUCCUACUAUUCCUCAUGGAAGCAAAUAUAGGGUCUAUUUCAACACUCCUAAUGGGCCAUUGGAAAGAAUUCCUGCUUGGGCUACUUAUGUGCAGCCAGAUGCUGAUGGGAAGCAAGGUUUUGCAAUCCAUUGGGAGCCACCACCAGAAUAUGCAUAUAAAUGGAAAAACACCAAGCCUAAUGUACCAAAGGCCUUGAAAAUAUAUGAAUGCCAUGUAGGAAUUAGUGGAUCAGAACCGAAAGUUUCUUCUUUCAACUACUUUAUAGAGAAGGUUCUUCCACAUGUGAAGGAGGCUGGAUACAAUGCAAUCCAACUGUUUGGAGUGGUUGAACAUAAAGAUUACUUUACAGUUGGUUAUAGGGUUACUAACUUUUUUGCUGUCAGCAGUAGAUAUGGGACCCCUGAGGACUUCAAGCGCUUGGUUGAUGAAGCUCAUGGCCUUGGACUGCUUGUCUUCUUGGAUAUUGUACAUUCAUAUGCUGCUGCUGAUGAGAUGGUUGGACUAUCAUCCUUUGAUGGAUCAAAUGACUGCUACUUUCAUACUGGUAAAAGGGGGCAUCACAAAUAUUGGGGUACCAGGAUGUUUAAAUACGGUGACCAAGAUGUGCUGCAUUUCCUUCUCUCAAAUCUUAACUGGUGGGUUGUGGAGUAUCAUAUUGAUGGUUUCCGUUUCCAUUCACUCUCUUCAAUGAUCUAUACUCACAAUGGUUUUGCUUCUUUUACCGGAGACAUGGAAGAGUUCUGCAAUCAAUAUGUGGACAAGGAUGCGUUGCUGUACCUCAUACUGGCAAAUGAGAUACUUCAUGGUCUUCAUCCUAAUAUAAUAACGAUUGCUGAAGAUGCAACGUAUUAUCCUGGGCUAUGUGACCGACCCUCUCAAGGGGGACUCGGUUUUUGAUUAUUAUGUGAAUCUUUCUGCAUCAGAGAUGUGGUCGUCCUUCCUUCAGAAUGUUCCGACCAUGAAUGGAGCAUGAAUAAGAUUGUUAGUUCAUUAAUUGACAAAACACCAGGCAAACAAGAUGCUUCUGUAUGCUGAAAAUCACAGCCAAUCCAUCUCUAGUGGCGUUCAGUAUGCCGAGAUUCUGUUUGGUGAUAUCAAGGAGCAUGCUGCUGGAUCAAAGGAAACACUGCUCAGGGGGUUCCUUACACAAAAUGAUUAGAUUGAUCACAUUUACUAUUGGUGGACGAGCAUACCUUAACUUCAUGGGAAAUGAAUUUGGGCACCCAAAGAGAGUUGAGUUCCCGAUGCCGAGCAACAACUUCUCGUUUACGCUUGCUAACCGACAGUGGGAUCUUUUAGAAAAGGAAAUGCAUCAUGAUUUGUUCCUUUUUGAUAAGGAGCUGAUGAGAUUGGAUGAGAAUGAAAAACUGCUGACAAGAAGGUUACCAAACGUUCACCAUGUCAAUGAAUCUACCAAGGUAAGCUCUCUCCUUUUCCUUUCAUUUCGAGUU